UGUAUAUCUUUGUAGUAUAACUGUAUCACUGUAUACACCCUUACUGUUUCCCGGAGUCAAAAGCGACCUUUAUUUAUUUAUUCGUCAAGCAAUAUGUCUCGUCCAUUCGAAAAGGUCGUCAUCGCCGGAGCCGGGCCCUCAGGCCUGCUCCUCGCGAUCCUGCUCUCCAAGCACGGGAUCCCCGUCGAGAUCCUCGAGGCCUCGCACGAGCUGGACAAGCAGCCGCGCGCCGCGAUCUACGGGUCGCCCGCGAUACCCGAUCUGAAGCGGGCGGGCGUGAUCGACGAGAUCCGGCGGCGCGGGAUGAGCCCGACGUCGAUGGCGUGGCGGCGGCACGACGACCACAGCGUCAUCACCGGCAUGGACGGCGCCGUCCUCGAGGACAUGAACGGCGAGGACCUGCGCAUGGCCUGCCUCGUCCUCGACGAGCUCGUCGAGCUUUUGUGCGAUGAGUUCUUGACCAAGUACAACGGCAAGAUUAGCUGGCGCCAUAGGGUCGUCGGGUCCGGGCAGGAUGAGAAGCAGGCGUGGGUCGAGGUCGAGACGCCUGAGGGGAAGAAGAAGGUCUACGGUGACUAUAUUAUCGGCUGCGAUGGCGCGACGAGCGGGGUGAGGAAGUCGCUGUUUGGGGAUAAUUUCCCGGGAUUUACGUGGGAGAGGCAGAUUGUCGCGUCGAAUGUGUACUACGACUUCACCAAGUUCGGCUACAAAGACUCUAGCUUCAUCAUACACCCCGACAACUUCUUCAUGGCGGCCCGAAUCACAAAAGACGGCAUGUACCGCGUCACGUACGGCGAGUCCCCCGGCCUGACCUGGGAGCAGAUGCAGGAGCGACAGCCCUGGAAGUACGAGCUGAUGCUGCCGGGCAAACCGCGGCCGGGCGACUACAAGCUGGUGAGCAUGUCGCCGUACAAGAUGCACCAGCGGUGCGCGCCGUCCUUCCGCGUCGGGCGGAUCCUGCUCGCCGCCGACGCCGCGCACCUGUGCAACCCGUGGGGCGGCAUGGGGAUCACCGGCGGCUUCGUCGACGUCGGCGGCCUGUACGACUGCCUCGCGGGCAUCUACGACGGCAAGGCCGACGAGUCGAUCCUGGACCUGUACAGCGAGAAGCGCAUCGAGAAGUACAAGACCGUCAUCGACCCCAUCUCCCAGGACAACUUCCGCCGCGUCUGCGACAGCGACCCCGACACCCUGCUCGCCCGCGACCCGGUCAUCCAGGUGUGCAAGGACGCGGAGAACGAUCCGCAGAAGCAGAAGGAGCUGUAUCUGAACUUGUUCGCGAUGUGCUACGACUUUAAGCAGCAUUAUAAGACGCCUGCUUGAGGGGACAUGGGUGUCUAGUUGUGUUGUAUAUAAUUCGUCGGUGUUGUUGCUGUGGCUUGCCUAAGUAUCUAUAUGUUUGUGGUAGAAUAUCCAGAGUAUAUGAAUAAAAGAUUCCGUGAAACAAAGAGGAGUGUUGAUCAGGCACCGAACUAUAUG